CCUCACAGAGAAGUCAGUUUCUUUUUGUUGUAGAGCACGAUGUUUAUUCGCAUUGUUUAAUUCAUGUUUUUAGCAUCACUCGAGUCGUAGCAGAUCAUACAUGGAUUCCAGGAUGACAGAAAGUCGCUCCUUAAGGAGAUCUACAAGACGACCACCAGCAUUGUGUGUUGAACCACCGGCCCCCAGAGGCCCCCUCAAGAGGACCAAGAAGACUUCAGAAAAUAAAGCUCCACUUCCAGCUGUCAAUGGGUCCAAAGACGUGGAAAAUGGUUCAGAGGAUGAAGAUUCCCCCAGGAAAAAGAGCCGUCUGGAUACUGAAGGAGAAGAAGAAGGUGGUCGGGGUGAUGAAGUUGAGAUGGAUGUGCAGGAGUCAGCUGAAGACCUGAAGAAAAGUAAAGACCAGGACAUGAAUGAUAUGCAGGAAAUCUUUCUUCAACCAAACUCAUACCAUGGCGCACUUGGAGAUAUGAAUUUACUCCCUCGGGUAGCUCUUGGAGAACGCUGCCGGUCCGGUCAUGCUCUUAUAGAAAAUGCAGACUUGACAAAAACGAAGAUAGUAAAACCGUCGUCUAAAGGACCUGAAGCCCCUGCUAAAUCUGCCUUGCGGAUCAAACUUCCGGCGCAGAGACAUAAUGUGUCCAUUCCUAAGAUCAGCAGCAUGGUCGAGUACAAAAGGACGAUGGAGGCCAAAGCCAGGAGCUCUGGUUUACCAUCAGUUAACCAUCAUCUUAGCGGUUAUCCAGCCUCACAGGAACCGCUUACAAAGAGAAGACAUGUGAACAACUUACCGAACCAAAAAGAUGCCGCACAGCACAAAAAACAAGAAGGGAAGAAGAAAGCUGCUGUUAUCAAAGAAAGUUCCGGUCAGUCAUCUAGAGGAUUCAUGUGGUAUUUUUGGUGUUUGGUUCUCCUGGUGCUGCUCAGUUCUGCUAUCGUUCUGGCAUACAAGAGCCACAUGGUUCACAGAAAUACUGCAAAUGGGGGGGGGGAGUCUUCAGCCAGGGUUGUGAAUCCGGAAAUGUUUGCAGAUCAGUUGUCUCUCCUUGAGACUCAAUUUCCCAGUCAGCAAGCUGAGGUGUGGAAAAGGAUCAAGAUCCACCUGGAGAAGCACCUCAAGUCAGCCCAGUCCACAGAGCCGGUCAGCCUGAUCCUGACUGCUGGGCUCCGGGCUGAGAGGUCGCUGCACUGUCUAGCUCAGGGCCUGGCCUCCUCUUACUCCUCUGCCCUCAACACCUCUGUCCUCCACAUAGAUGGAGUCAGCAAAGCCAGUCAGGACAGUGAUGAGGUCAAGCUGGACAUCGACAAAGAGCUGCUAGCAGCCUUUGAAGGAGACAAACCUGUUGCGGUAAUACACCGCUUUGAGGAGCUGCCUCCCGGCUCCACUCUUAUUUUUUACCGCUACUGCGAUCAUGAGAAUGCUGCCUACAAACGGGUGUUCCUGUUGUUUACUGUGCUUCUGCCUCAAGAGGAGGUAGGGGCUGAUGUGAGCCUGAGGGAUUUGGAGGAGAUCGUGCAUGACUAUGUUAAAGAAAGGCUGGUCGGCUCCAGCAGCCCAACUGUCUUCAAUGAGAUGGACAAUGACAAAUUCAGUGGACUGUGGAGUCGCAUCUCUCAUCUCGUCUUACCUGUUGUGUCUGAGAAGGUAGUAGAGCAGAAAGGAUGCUGAUGAACCACGGUGGCACUUCGGAGAGAAGUGAUGUGUACAUACUUUGUGUUUGCUGUUAGAUUUCACAUAUACGUUUGACUGAACAUGACUGAAGUUUGCUUUAUUAAUUUUCUCUUCAAGAGAUAAGAUUUGACUCAUUCAGUUGCUGAUUUCUUGCUUUGCCUUUGUUUGAAGGCUUUCCAUGAGGAUGGAAAUAACAUUUCCCUCACGUUCCAUAUUAAGUAUCGUUAGAUUUAUUUGCUUCUUGUUGUCUGUCAUAAAUCACUUUCAUCCAUUUGUUCCAAAGCCUUUUGAACAUGUCUCUUCUCAAACAGAUUCCUGGGUAAAUAAUAGCAUAGGUAACACUGUGGGCUUCUUCAGAAUAAAACUUAAUUUUUUGAGGACCCUUUUUAUUUGGGGUUGAAGAUCACAUUCCCCGUCCGUCAACAUAUCUCUGGACCCCUGCUGGUUUCAUUUAUAUUUCCCAUGGAGAUCUGUUUCCCUUCCUUGUGAACACAUCUGGAAGGGUUUGCACUAAAAAAAUUGUGAUUUUUCUUUUUGACAACCAUCUAAGAGUACAACUUUUAGGAAGGUGAAUAUUUGAAAUGCUGUGUUUCUUUCUGAAUAUACUUCAUACUUUUGAUAUGUUGUAUGUUUCUUGGAAUAUAAUAUUUUUGAUAGUUGUGUGUACAUAUAUAUAGAUUGUAUAUUGCAAAGGUUUAUUUUUUACAUCUGAAGUAACCACUGGAAUGUUCCGUUUUAGUUCACAAACUUCCAGGUUGACACAAAGUGAGUUGAAUUUGAAACAUACAUUCGUAGAUGUUCUGACUAAAUGUUAGUCAGUGAGUCACACAAUGUGCCUUAAUCAUUAAUGUCAAGCAGAGUGGAGGUAGAAUUAAAAAAAAAAAAAAAAAAAAGCACCAAAUCACUCAUGAAUGAUUUGGCACGGUGUCCCGGCAAAAUGGGCACCCAAAGGUUCCAUGCAAAUUUAAACUAUUGAAGAACAGGUAAGUGUUUUUAUGUGAUUCCAGCCGUUCCUCUUAUGUCUUCAAUCUGAAUGUCAUCUUCAAAUGUCUGCAAAUGGACUUUGUUUUGCUCACAUAUAUUUCUGUGUACAUUUUCAAUAAAGAUGUUUUUGAUAACUAAAGGA